ACUUCCGAAAUGGAUCAGGCGUUUUAAGAAAAAGAAUGGCUUCGCUUGACAGAGUGAAAGUGCUGGUGUUAGGCGAUUCUGGUGUUGGAAAAUCCUCUCUGGUCCACUUACUGUGUCAGAAUCAAGUUUUGGGCAACCCCUCCUGGACUGUUGGCUGUUCUGUUGAUGUCCGCGCUCAUGAUUACAAAGAGGGAACCCCAGAAGAGAAGACAUACUACAUUGAGUUGUGGGAUAUCGGAGGAUCUGUCGGCAGCAGCAGCAGUGUGAAAAGCACCCGGGCCGUGUUUUAUCACUCAGUAAAUGGUAUUAUUUUGGUUCAUGACUUAACAAAUAAAAAAUCUUCGCAGAACUUGACACGCUGGUCACUUGAAGUAUUAAAUAAAGACUCCUCCCCGACAAGGGUUAUCGUCACCAAUGGUGACUAUGACAGGGAGCAGUUUGCUGACAACCAGAUCCCUCUACUGGUGAUUGGUACCAAAGUUGACCAGAUUCCAGAAAAUAAACGGAAUGAGGUGUUGACAAGGACAGCUUUCCUGGCAGAAGAUUUUAAUGCUGAAGAAAUUAAUCUGGACUGUACAAACCCCAGAUAUUUAGCUGCAGGUUCAUCAAAUGCUGUCAAGCUGAGCAAGUUUUUUGAUAAGGUAAUUGAAAAACGGUACUUCACCAGAGAUGGAAACCAGAUGCCCGGAUUUUCAGACAGAAAGCGUUUUGGAGCAGGAAACUUCAAAAGUCUACAUUAUGACUAAAGACUGCGAUGGAUGUUCUGAAGAGGGCUGGACGCUGGCAGUUUCCAUUUUCAUAAAACAUUUGCACUAUAUUUCUAAUAGAGUCCAUGUAGGACCUCACAGGUAAAGAAGUGUAACGUGUGUGUCGUCAUGCUGUCGUUAUCUGUUUCUCGGAUAUCUCGAGCUGUGUUCCCGUCCUUACCUUCGACAGGCCUCACUUUUGAACAAACUUGUGAACUUUUACUUCUUAAAACGAUUAACUACUUGAAUGAAAAUAUAUAAGAUAUUUGCAAAUAAAAUUUUUAUUUAUGUUUGCGUCUUUGUA